CGUAAAAAAAAGCCACACGGUACGGUAGCAGCAUGUCGCCGAUGCAUCCAACGGCAACUUUACGUUUUAGACAUGCUUUUAUUAGAUGUGUUUGAUAGAUGAGACGAAAACGUUCUUCCUGUACACCGCGUUAUAUUUUGAGUUGCAUGUGCUCGAGCCUGCACCAUGUUCGUGUUGGUGGAGAUGAUGGACACAGUCAGGAUCCCUCCGUGGAACUUUCACAGACAGGUCAACGAGGCUGUGUCCGAGGAGUUGAAUAAAAAGCUGGCUAACAAGGUGGUCUACAAUGUCGGCCUCUGCAUCUGCUUGUAUGAUAUCACCAAACUGGAAGAUUCAUACAUAUUGCCAGGGGAUGGUGCAUCACACACUAAAGUUCAUUUCAGGUAUGUUGUUUUUCACCCCUUUCUGGACGAGAUACUGGUCGGCAAAAUCAAGUAUUGCAGUCAGGAGGGCGUUCAUGUGACCAUGGGCUUCUUUGAUGACAUUCUCAUCCCGCCAGAGUCUCUUCAGCAACCCACUAAAUUCGACGAAGCCGAGCAAGUCUGGCUUUGGGAAUAUGAGACAGAUGAAGGAGCGCACGACCUCUACAUGGACAAGGGAGAGGAAAUCCGUUUUCGAGUGGCCGAUGAGAUUUUUGUGGAUACGUCACCGACGGGCCCGACGACUGAUGACGCACCCGCCCAACCUGGCCAGCCGACGCCACCACCUCCACAAGAAACCAGCGAGAAGAAAGAGGCGCCAUAUACCAUAAUAGGGACCAUUUGUGAGCCAGGCCUGGGGCUGCUGUCAUGGUGGAACAAUUAGCAGGGAGAGGAAAUUAUUUGGACCAUCAUCACUGCUCUGCAAGACUUUUGGUUGGAUCUAAACAUGAUUUUUGACUUUGACUGAGUCCUUCUGCUGCACUUGCAUACUUGAAAUAUGGACAUUGGUGAAAAGACUCACCUUAAAGACCAUCAUGGCAUAUAUUUAAUGCAGAAUGAUUCCUAAGUAUCAUCUUUUACUUAUUUUAUUUCACAUUGGGAAGCACUUCCCUAAUCAAUGAAAAAAGUGGAUUAAUUCAAUCAAGUCAAAUAAGUAUAAUGAUUUCUUCACCAUAACUAAAAGGAUGAUGUAAAGAUGAUUUUUUUGCGAUGAAAAUGUCAUCUGUGGGCUGUUUACUUUAAGAUGUCAAAAAGAGGAACAACUCAAGUGGUGAAUUAAACAUCCUUUAAUAUUUUA